GUUAAGCUUGAAAGGGCUGGUAACUGUGACAGCAUGGAAUUCAAAGGAGGCGAUAGACAGAUGGGUAAGGGGAGAAAGAGAGAAUGACCACUUGGGAGAGAUGAGGAUCCCGGUGCCACCACCCCGCUGACCAGAAGCUCUCGGGGUGUGCGAGAACACGUGGGCGGACGAAGAGAGAGCAGUAGGAGUAGCAGUGUUAUCUGUGGUGAUCCAUGUUUCCGUCAGUGCCAAGAAGUCGAGGGACUGGAGGGAGGCAUAGGCUGAGAUGAACUCUGCCUUGUUGGCCGCAGAUCGGCAGUUCCAGAGGCUACCGGAGACCUGGAACUCCACGUGGGUCGUGCGCGCUGGGACCACCAGAUUAGGGUGGCCGCGGCCACGCGGUGUGGAGCGUUUGUAUGGUCUGUGCAGAGAGGAGAGAACAGGGAUAGACAGACACAUAGUUGACAGGCUACAGAAGAGGCUACGCUAAUGCAAAGGAGAUUGGAAUGACAAGUGGACUACACGUCUCAAAUGUUCAGAAAGUUGAGCUUACGUAGCAAGAAUCUUAUUGACUAAAAUGAUUAAAAAUGAUACAGUACUGCUGAAGUAGGCUAGGUGGCAGUGGCUGCGUUGUUGACUUUGUAGGCUAGCUGGCAGUGGCUGCGUUGUUGAUUACGUUACGUUGCGUCAAUGAUUUAUAUUUCCUUUCUCACAGACUGAGGGAGUUCAGCAAUCAAUUUGACCAAAUGGACCAGAUGAGACAAGAGCUGGUGGUCAAAUACUUCAUCCAGCCCUUCCUGACCAAAAACUCCUCAGACUCUGGCUGUGUGUCCAACUCUAACAGCAGUGUGGCCUGGCUGCAGAAGAACCUGGGGCGGUUUUCAUUCCUGGUGUCCCUCAGCGACCUGUUGAAACUCAACACAGACUUCUCUCCUUUGUCAGCCCUGGAGGUUCUCUCUCCAAAGCAGACAGCAGAGCUGGUGGUGUUGCCUCUUCCUGGUCUUCCGGGGAAAGAUGUCAUCAUCAACACAGUGUUUGACUUCCUGUCUAAGUCACCAAAGGAGAGGAGACUCCCUGAGUUCCUGUACCACCUUUCCAGGCUGUCUGUGGUGACUCCAGUCGGCUGCACGGUGUACCAGACCAUUUUUGUGAGGCUGUACCAAGCCAUGUCAGCGUUGCCUCAAGAGAUGGAGCCAAUUGUCUGGGCCAAUGUUUAUGACCUCACAGAAUCUGCACCAAUGGAUUGUUCUCUGGUACCAGUUAAUCAACAGUGUCCAGUGUCAUCGCACAAUGCAACAAGAGUCUGUGCCGGAGUUGACAGCUCUGCUCUACAACAGCUCUCUGACUCUGGGAUCUCGCCGGGACUUCUAUGUGACUACAGCAUCAAACAAUACGCCUGCUCACAGUUGAAAGACCUCACAGCUGAGAACCUGGUCACACUGCUGAAAUGUAAACUAUCAGAGAACAACACAGACUCCAAAGAGACCUGGAAGCUGUUCUUCACUAAAGCUUCUGCAGUUCUGGAUCAGGCUCUUGUACUUCUCUCCAACCAGUCUGAGCCUGUGAUUGGCCCAGCACUAUCCCAGGUGCUGGAUGUGAUUGGAGAGAUCAGGGUCAACAGACUGACUGAGGAUCAGCUGAGAGACAGUGUUGUCAUCAGGAAGUUGUUCUCUGGGCGUCUGAGAGUGUUUCUGCCGUCUGCAUCAGGAGGGUUUCUGCACUGCCUCAGCACCAAGAACCUCAGCUGUGACUCUUACCAAGCUGUGGUGAAGGAGUUUGGAGCCCAGUUUGAUCACAUGAACCUGGAGCAGCAGCAGCUGGUUCUGAAGGAGCUGGUCGUCCCCUUCCUGUCUCGACCCACAUCAGACUCUGGCUGUGUGUCCAACUCUAACAGCAGUGUGGACUGGCUGCAGAAGAACCUGGGGCCGUUCUCAGUUCUUGUGUCCCUCGGGAACCUGUUGAAUCUCAACACAGACUUCUCUCCUUUGUCAGCCCUGCAGGUUCUCUCUCCAAAACAGACAGCAGAGCUGGUGGUGUUGCCUCUUCCUGGUCUUCCAGGGAAAGAUGUCAUCAUCAACACAGUGUUUGACUACCUGACUGAGUCACCAAAGGAGAGGAGACUCCCUGAGUUCCUGUACCACCUCGUCAGGCUCUCUGAAGAGAUGAUGCUACCAUGUGACAGCUUUAAGACCAUCUAUGAGCGUCUGUACCAGGCCUUACCGUCUGCACCUCCAGAGAUGGAGCCAGUUAUUCAGGCCAUUAUAGACAACCUGAUGCAGACCGCUCCAGAAGAUUGCUUGCCAAUGAAUAUGAAGUGUCCAAUAACACCAGCGAACGAUACCAGAGUCUGUGAAGGAAAUGCCAGUGAUUCGCUACAAAGUUAUUUGGCGACAUCAAAUACAACGAACGUGCCCUGUAACUUUACCCUGGAGGAGUAUGCCUGUGCAUCGCUGAAAGACUUCACUGCAGAACACCUGGUGUCUCUUCUGAAAUGUAACCUGCCCGGCAACUCCUCUCACUCUAAAGAGACGUGGAAGGUUCUCCUCACCAAACUGACCUCUGUCUUAGACCAAGCUCUGGACAUGUUCUCCAAUAUGUCCAAACCUGUGAUUGGUCCAGCAGUAUCCCAGGCGCUGAUGUGAUUGGAGAGAUCCGGGUCAACAGGCUGACUGAGGAUCAGCUGAGAGACAGUGAUGUCAUCAGGAAGUGGUUCUCUGGGCGUCUGAGAGUGUUCCUGCCGUCUGCAUCAGGAGGGUUUCUGCACUGCCUCAGCACCAAGAACCUCAGCUGUGACACGUAUCA